AUAGGCUCUUUUCUUCCCCCACGCGGUUCACUGUCUGUUUACAAGGUUUGACCGGGAUGGAACCUAACCUUCCAAAUUUGCACGCGUGCCAGGAAUCAGGAAGGGAUCCAAAGGAGAACCGUAUUUAUACGAGUGAGGAAAAAACCUAUAUCAAGGAAUUGCUCGAUGCAUGCUUUCACGAUGGUUUGCUUCCAAUAGGAAUUUGUAUUGGGGAAACUGAAUUAGGAGACGAUUUUGCAAGGUUAGACCUUGAUGAGGAUUUCUCAGACGCACAGACGGACUGGUUGAGCGAACACGCUGUCACGAUUCAAUAUCACCACGAGGCCGGGAACUUGUCGAAUGAUGUUAAAAAACAGUUGGUGCGCAUAUACGAAAAUUCAUGGUACGAUAGUGGGGAUGUGAGUCUGGACACGAAACGUGGACGCUAUCAGAAUGAAGGAAAGAACCUUACCACAUAUGUGGCAAGCACCAAAGAGAUUGCUGAAUGUCUCCGGCAAGAACAUGAGGUAACAAUCGAAUUGAAAGGGAAAUCUUAUGAAAUCACUUUUCACCUGUUGAUGGAUGUGGCUGAAAUGAAGUUCUUUAAGAGCACUGGGAAGCCGAAGAUUUUUUGGAUUCGUUGCAUAAACGUCCCACUGCAAUUAAUGGCGCCUCUUUACAUAGCGGUGGAAAGGAAUUUUGGUCGAGUGGUGAAGGUCCACCCAUUUGAGAAGGUGGACGAAGAGCCGGAGUUGGGCACUGUGCGGUUUGAUUCGGAACCACUGGCAGAAUUCAGAGUCAAGAAGAAACUGGUAAUCGAGAUUCCUAGGAAAGGGGAAUAUCACGUGGAAGUAAUCUCGGCUGCAACGUCAUGGUGUGAUUGGUCARCGUGCCUGGAGGAGCCGGGAAACGACCGCAACCCACCAUCGCAGCGGGAUUAUCUGAGCCCACGAGAGAUCAUCGAUCCCGCCUACUUCCGGGAUCGAACGGCCACCGAGGACGAGGCGAUAGCGACAGAAGAAGAAGCAGCCAAAGAAGAAGAACAGGAGGAGGACGASRAGGAARAAACUCCCGAAGARGGGAGUUACAGCCAGCACAGCGAAGGGGAGCAAAGUGAGGAGGAGGAGGAGGAAGAARAACAAAUCCCGGAGGAGGAAGAAGAAGAAGAUCGGGAGAAGCUAGAAGAGUCAGAGUGGGAAGGAUUUGAGGAGGAGGUGCGUGCRAAGGCUCGAAUACAGGCCCAAGCGCAGAAGAGGGAGGAGAUCGUGGCCGGAAAGCGACAGCUGGAGUUUGCCAGUGCAGCAGGUCCACCGACCAUCGACAAUCCAGGGCGAGAUCCAGAGCCGCCCAAGCCUGAACAUGGGGACCCAGCUGCCGAGACUUUGGCCGCACCGGCAAGGCGGCGACGAAGUCGAUCCCCCUCCCCCUCCACCACCGACCGUCCACCAGUUCGAGCCGGUACUGAUGCGGGGCAUCGGGCUUCAUCCCCGGUCGUUAUCCCUCCGUCCCCUUGACCAUCUCACCCUCCGCCAGGCCACUACCCGCGUUGUCUUCCCCCGC